GUCCCCGCGGUGGAUGUUGGGACGGGCCGCUAAGUUGUAAGGAGCGCGCAAGCUCCGCUUCUAGCGGCCCCGUUUUGCCUCACGAGAUAAAGAAACCAAAAGCGGCGGCUGCUUCGAAAGUUUGGGGCUUUUCUGCCCAGCGACCGGGGAAAUGAGUCGCAUGGGGUAGAAAGAAGACUUAACGCGGGGCGUCCCGGGCAAGCGGAAAGGUGCAGCCAUGCAGGAAAGCAUCCGAUUUGCUUCAUCGGGAGAUGAUGAUGUUAAAAUAUGGGACGCUUCAUCCAUAACUGUAGUGGAACAGUUCAGUCCCCAUACUUCAUCACACCCAGUUAGCUCUGUAUGCUGGGGCAGCAACAAUAAUUUUCUGGUCACUGCUUCUGCUGCUGGUGAUAAAAUAGUGAUUUCAAAUGGUAAAGGUAAACCAGUUCCACUCUUUGAGCUAGCUGAAGGGGCAAAGCAAACCUGUAUAAGUUUGAGUUCUAAUUCAAUGUAUAUUGCAAGUGGAGGUGCGGAUAGCACUGUUAACAUAUGGGAUUUAAAGUUCAGAAAACUUCACCGAGCUCUUAAGGAUCACAGAGAGGAAAUAACUUCUGUAACAUUUAAUUGGAAUGAUUGCUAUAUCGCUUCGGGGUCUAUGAGCGGUGAAAUUAUCUUGCAUAGUCUUACUACGAAUUUAUCCAGCACUCCAUUUGGCUUUGGCAGCAGUCAGCCCAUUCGGCACUUGAAAUAUUCUUCCUUUAAGAAAGCAUUAUUGGGUAGUGUUUCCGACAGUGGGGCUGUAACUCUGUGGGAUGUCAACAGUCAAGCCCCAUAUCAUAACUUCGAAAGUGCUCAUAAAGCUCCAGCCUAUGAAAUCUGUUUUUCUCCCAUCAGUGAGCUGCUAUUUGUAACUGUAGGUCUGGAUAAAAGAAUCAUUCUCUAUGACACCACCAGUAAAAAGCAGCUGAAGACUUUAGUAGCAGAAUCUCCUCUAACUGCAGUAGAAUUCAUGCCUGAAGGAACUUCCUUGGUGGUUGGAUCUUCUCGUGGAAAGAUAUACCAUUAUGACCUAAGAAAACUUUCUGCACCUGUGAAAUCAGUCAGUGCUCACAAAACCUCUGUGAAGUGCAUAACACUACAGUGCUCUAACAACUUUUCAAAGUCUAGCCUUAAGCCAUCCUUAACUAAGCAGGCCUGCAAAAGAUCUGAUAUCAAAACAACAAGCAAUACUGGAGGGAUUCAGAAUGCUGGCAUGAUCAAAAACGUUACUCCUAACAUGCCUGCCACGUUCCUGUCCCCAUCCUUGCCAACAGCUGAAGUUAAAGGAGCUGAUGCCAUUCAGGAUAAAUCUGGAUUCCCACGCAGCUGCAGUUUGGAUGUAAUUCCUUCCAAAGAAAUUGAUCAUGGGAAUACUUCUAAUCCAUCUGAUGAUUUGGGGAGAAAUAGUUUAGGUGACUUGUUCUCUCCACUUCGAGAUGAUGUUGCAGUUUGUAAAACAAGUGAAGAUGUUCCCGGAAAGAGUGAUGGUAUGGAUUUUCAACCUUACCUUUCCAGUUUGGAUUUUCUCUCCCAGUUCAGCACUGCAUUGCCUGUAAGAAAAAAUCCAGUAGGAUCUGGCCCACAAGUAGUGCAUUCUAGUCCACUUAAUAUAUUUAUUGGCUCUCCUAUCAGAGAGGAUGAUGAGAAUCCAGAUGUUGAUGCUAAGAAAACCAAUCAUGGAAGACAAGAGUCCAGAGAACAUUUCAAACAGUUGAGUUCCUCCAGCUCUGAGUUUACAAAUAUGAAUACCUCCCCGUUGGCCAACAUAAUCAGGAGUCCUGAUCCCCGAGAGAGGCUUCUUAAGAACCUUCAAGCACAACUGACCUAUGAAUCACCAGUGAACGGUCCUACCUCAGCAACUUCAAAGAUAACUUCUUCAGUUACUGCUGGAGUUGCCAAUUCGCUAUCGGAAAAAAUUGUAGACACUCUUGGAAGCAGCAGAUUGAAUGCACCUUUAUCAUCCGUUCAAAUUCAUUUCAUUCAGAAUAUGAUACAAGAAACUAUGGAUAACUUCAGGGAAGCCUGUCAUCGUGACAUUGUGAAUUUGCAAGUGGAGAUGAUCAAACAAUUUCAUGUGCAGCUGAAUGAAAUGCAUGCCUUACUUGAAAGAUAUUCUGUAAACGACGGCUUAGUAGCUGAAAUUGAGAGAUUACGUGAGGAAAAUAAAAGAUUGCAAGCCCACUUCUAAAAAGUCCCAUGUUCACGCAAGGAAAAUGAGUUCAAUUUUUAUUUAUUGUGCUAUGGCACAAUGAUGUCAUAUGUCUGAUACUUAAGUAGUAUGUAUAAACUCAGUGUUUUUUUCCAGCACUAAAGAACCUUAUUUUAAAAUAGAAAAGGCAAUAGUUAACUGAUUAAUACAAAAAUAUGCACUAAUAAUGUUUAUAUCAAAGGUUUUUUUUAAUGGAAAACUUGAAAUACAUUGGUUAUAAAGAGAGGCUUAACAAGAGUAUUAAUCAAUUUUAGCUAUAAACAAAGUGCCUUUUUAUAAAGGGAAACUAAAUAGGAAAUGUAUUUUGUAUAAGAAUUGCUUUGUUCUGAUAAAUUUAUUAUGCAUUUCAGUUAAUUUUUUUUUUGCAAUGAAGACUUCUAUGACAAUGUCUUGGUUUUGUUUCCUUUGGCUAGAAAAAACAUUAAUGUUUGGCAUGCAGUUUUUAUUGUAUAUGCUCUUUUGCUACUGACUUUUUCCUAUAAAUGUUACUUUGUAGGUAUAGGAUGCAAUCUUAGAUUUUUGUUACAACUGAGUUGCAUAUUUACAUAAUUUAAUGGCACACUGAUAAUUUGUUCCGACUGAAUAAACAAUUUGUGAAGUUGCAUAAACA